AUGGCCUCACUUCUUCUCCUCCUCAACAUUCUUGCUACUGUUUCUCUCACCUCAUCAUCAUCUCUCUCAUGCCACAACCACACAUUCUCAUCCAACAGGGUGUUCACCUCCUGCACCCACCUCCCCUCUCUAGAGGCCCACCUGCACUGGAACUACACCCCAUCUCUCUCUCAAGUCUCCAUAGCCUACAGGGCUAAGCAAGUCCCCAAGGGAUGGAUCGCGUGGGCCAUCAACCCGACCAGCACUGGCAUGGUCGGCUCGCAAGCCUUGGUGGCCUUCCGAAGCUCCAACGGCAGCAUGAGGGUUUACACCACAGCCAUAGCCAGCUACAACCCCUCAAUGCUGCCGGCACAGAUCAGCCUGCCCGUGUCAAACAUAUCAGCGGAAUAUAUAGGCAAUGAGAUGAUUAUAUACGCUGCAGUCGGCCCCCUGCAAAAUGGAAGCAUUGUUCAUCACGUUUGGCAGGCUGGAGCCUCCGUUUCCAGCAACAUACCUCAGAUUCAUUCCACAUCGCCGUCCCAUCUCCAGUCUAUGGGAACCAUCGACUUCCUUUCAGCCGCCUGAAAAAUGAAAAAACGAAGACAGAGAGAGAGAGAGAGAGAGAGAGAGAGAGAGAGAGAUCACCUUACCCUGUAUCAAUCAAGCAUUUGCCAUACAAAAUCCUCUAUUAUAAACAAUUGAAUGAGUUAUCACUU